CCCACAGGUUGUGAGGAAUGUGGUAUUUCACUGUAUCGUGAAACAUGACAAAGUCAUUGUGAAUUGUGAAAUAGGACAUUUAUCAUGCUGGAGGUGUUUGACUGUUGGUCACAUGUAAACUUUGGUACCUGCAGGAUAAAUAACGAAAACACACAGAGUUGUGCAACACUUGCCUGUUUGAAUUGGAUUUAUUCAUAUCAUGUUUUUUGGUGAAUUCGGCCAUACUUUUAUGGAGUUUCUGAGGAACAGUGGGGAAUACUGCCUGGCACAACACACAGUUCACGGCGCAGUGUAGACUUGACAGAUUGCUCCAUUGAGAUUUUAAGUGCUAACCAUUCUUCCCUUUGGAUGCGCAACCUUGACCUUGAUCCCCCGUGACCCGCAACUUGGCAGUCUGAAUGGGUUGAAACGAAUGAGGAGAGAUUGUGUUGUCACGGAAAUCCCGCAGUAUCGGGCCCAGCCGUCUUUCACAGUACAGUUGAUCAAACUUGGGGCGCGUGGUCGCGCUAGCUCAUGUGCAGAAGCAAGUGAGAAAAACAUUUGUGGGGAGAAUAGUUUCAAUCGAAAUCACAAUUUCAUCGAAACCAGCGCAAGUGUUCAUUUUGACGCGGAUACAAACGUGCUACUAUUGCUGCAGUUUUUGUUGUUCGUGCUGUUUACGUCAUUUGAGGUGAAAAACUUGGCAGGUGAUUUGUUGGAUACGUCUGCUUCAGCCUGCGCACUGCCUCGAUUCCGGUUUCCAACGGUGAUUGUAGUAUCGGCCUUCUUAGAAUCUUCAUUUGUCUCUCGUGACUUUGAAGUUUGUAGAAAUAUAUGUUGAUUCUUUUAGAUAAUCUCAGUAGGUCAUAGUGCAUAUAUUCCUUUUUAUUUAUUUAUUUUUGAGUGUGUGAUAUAAUAAAAUACACUGUCCUCAAAGGCUAAAUUGCUGAUAUACCUCUUUCAUACAUAUAUAAAGACUGGAAAUCACAUUUUGUGACACAGUUGUCGAUAUCAGAGAGAACAAUUUUAAACAACAGGCCGAGAACAUUUAUAACUAUACAAACCAAUAGACUGGAAAUUCAGUGCAAGUAAACAAUUCAAGUGCCUAUAUACAAACAUAUUCAUUCUAUCUAGACUAGACAAUCUAUAGGUGUGGAAAUUACAUCGUCACUCGCCAAAAAAAGAAACCAUUACCACAACAGUGGUACAUAAAAUCGAAAAGUGAAAAAACUAACAAUCAAUAUCAAAAUCUGUGACAGAAAACCUUUUUUCCUUGUCCAACAAAGAACAUAUUUGUAAGUGCCAGUGAAUGACCUCUGAUACAGUCAUGAAGACCCGCCGCCCAGAUCCUGCCAUGAUCGAGUACAAGAACAUGAGGUUCCUGAUCAUGGACCGGCCCACAGAUGCCAGCAUUGACAAGUUCAUUGAGGAACUCAAGAAGUGUGGAGCCAAGGAUGUUGUGAGGGUGUGUGAGCCUACCUACAAAACAGACAAGCUGGAUCUGGAGGGCAUCAGAGUCCUUGAUUGGCAGUUUGAUGACGGGUUCCCGCCGCCCAGCAAGAUUGUGGACGAGUGGUUCAGCCUGCUGAAGUCCCGGUUCAGAGAGAGCCCGGGCUGCUGUGUGGCCGUGCACUGUGUGGCAGGGCUCGGGCGUGCACCUGUACUGGUGGCCCUAGCCCUCAUGGAGUGCGGGCUCAAGUAUGAGGACGCGGUGGAGCUCAUCAGAACAAAGAGACGUGGUGCUAUCAACGCUAAGCAGCUGUCAUUUCUCGAACACUAUCGCCCGAAAUCUCGCCUAAAGGCUAAAGGCAACGGACAGAAGCAGUGCUCGAUCAUGUGACUAGUUGCUGUGGUAACAGAAAUCAUCAUGCGACGGGAUAAAAUAAAUCAUUUCCAAUGACUUGACAUUUCAAACCUAAAAUACAGCAUUUUCCAUCGCAUGCUGCCAAAAUGUUGGAGAUUCCGCUUAAACCUUUGUUGAAAAUAAUUAUUGGUUUUUGUCAUAUAAUUUUAUGGUUUGCAUUUGUUUAUAGUGAAUGUGAAUUAUUCUUCCAUGAUUUAUGCCAAUAAUAUUUCUUUUCAAAUGAAAAUAAGCCAGUACAAGUUGUAUUUUAUGAAAUUAAUAGAUUAAUAUUUUUUUUAUUCUGUCGUACAUUUUGUAAGUUAUAUUUUAUUUAACUUAUGUUUAUAACAAACUCUGUUCAUGUUCUCAUGGUGGCCUAUUUGAAUGGAGCACACUGGACCUCACUGACAUGCCCACCCAAUAUUCUUUGUAUAGAUGUACAUAGGCCUUCCUGAACACUUGACCUAUCAAUAUUCUUAGUAUAGAUGUAUAUAGAAGUCCUUCCCGGACACAUUCCCUCCCAUCAUUGUCAUCAAUAACAGCCUGUUUGUUGGUAAUGAUAAUAAGCGAUAAUGUUAUAACAAGUGUCCUCGAAAAGGGAUCAAUUUUUUUAAUUUCUUAAGUUUCAAUAAAUGAGUUUUCGACUCGGUGGCUUUUUUGUAACGAGUUAAGUUAGUUGAAUCAGCUAUGAACUAUGAUAACAUAGGGAGAGGUAUAGCUUAAUGUCACAAGGACCAUUAUCUGCAAGGGCAUUUGUCUGCCCAUGCUAAUAAUAUUUGCAGGGCACAUAUCCAAGAAGGCUGGUGUCUGGCUCUCGCCCAGUUUUAUACUGAACCAUGACCAUGCUUUAAAUUAAUCAGAAGACGAGACUUUAUUGCAACACAUUUGGUUGUUUUUUUUAUCCCAGAGUUUACAAGUGAUUGAUUUGAUUAUGCAGCCAUGUGCUUUUGUUGUACACUACAGAUAUAUACCAAUGAACGCAGUCAUUGAUGGACAGCUACAUACUGACCAUGUAGAGUUACAAUGUAUCUCCUCUUCAUAUCAUAAAAGAGUUAAUCAUUAAAGAAAGUAAUUGCCAAGUUGUUCAGAAAGUAUUCAGAAUAAUCGCUAAUACUUAAGUGUUCACUGCAUCAUUUUAAUUUGAAUACUUUGGAUUUUCUCAUUUAUUUGUUCUGAUGGCUUGGUUUUUAUGCUCCCCCAAAAUUUAUUUUGGGAGGAGCAUAUAGUCGCCGCUUCAUCUGUCCGUCUGUGUGUCCGUCCGUGCACAAUUUUUGUCCGGGCUAUUUCUCAGCAACUAAUGACCGGAAUUCAAUGAAACUUAAUGGGAAGCUUCACUACCAAGAGGAGAUGUGCAUAUUAUCAGCGGGUUCUGGUCUGAUCAUUUUUCACAGAGUUAUGGCCCUUUUAAAUUUUCUAUGAACAAAAUUCUUGUCCCCCCAAUUACUAUUCCCUCAAGACGUUUCCUUUUAUCUGAAUAUAUAGAGCAAUAUUGUGACAAAAAAAAACUUGGGGAGCAUCACCCGUCUCCAACGGUUUCUUGUUGCAGAGGUUUUGGAUGCAGAGAUGCAGAGGAGCUUGUUUUGAUUUCACACCUUUACCUUAGUUCCCAAUAUAUGAUCAUAUGUUUCUUCAAUUAUUUUCAAAAUGAAGUUUGUACAUUAUGUUUGUAAUCAUUUUGAUAAUACACAUGUACACGUAUUAAACACAUUUAAAGUGAAAAGAAAAGAUUAUUAUAACAAAAAAUUAACAGCAACCAACUGAUCAUAUUAUUUGAUAUAAAAUAAACAAACAGGAAAAUUAUAAAGCAAUAUCAAGAGAACCAUAUGACAAAGAAACAAACUACUGAUAACAACAACCAUAUAUAUAAUUUCUCACUUGGUUUAAGAGUAACUGCUAGAUCAAUGUGUUAUGCUUCAUUUGUUAUUUUAUCUUGUAAGAUAUACAUAUAUUCAUAUGUUAAUGUUUCGUAAAUGCCAGUUCAAAACUUGUUCAUGGAAACUGUUCCAUCUGAAUCUAGGAAAAACCUAUUUUGGUCACAACCUUUUUUUAAUACAGUUUGUUAAUAGAUAUAUUGGCGUCUGGCAAGUUUGUUUCCCAAUUUCUGGAAAUUCCCAUGCAGUUUAUUGAUCAUUAUUACAUCAUUAAAACAAUAAUUUUGUAUACAUUUAUCAUAAGAAGAAAGAUUAUUUUUGUCAAUUUUGAAAUCAAUUACUCAUUUUUAGAGACAGUAUUACAGCAUGAGGAAACAAACUUUUCCAUGCGACAAAUCCUGUGAAAAACAUGCAGUUUCGUAUUGAAAUGUUUGACCUAUUUUCAGACACUAUUAUAUAGAUUUUAUAUCACUGUUGUCAUUUAAAUAGCAAUAGAUUUUGGGAACUGGUAACCUAUUACAUAUAAUUACCAUAUAGCAAUAUUUGUGUUAUCUCUGUUUUUACUAAAUAAAUAAUGAACAUGUACAAGUUGGCUGUACUAUGUCCUGUAGAUUUUCUUAAUCUGUUUAAACUAGCAACAUGUUUCUGAUUAAAAACUUACAUGUAUCUAAAAAUUAAUAUAAGCUUUUGUAUCAUAGAAAUAGUUUUAGGGGAAUGUCGGACUUGAACAAUUUUUAUUUUGUAAAACAUGAAAAUUGAGUUCAAACUCCAGUGACAGAAGCACCCUUUGAAUUCUAGACCUACCAUUUUGAUUGUGUAAACUUCAAAUUCAAACUCAGAGUCAGCUUACAAUUUAACCAAUGAGAAUUGUUGUUGCAUUUGAUUUUUUAUUCUGAUUGGUUGAAUAUUAAGUAUCAUAAGGUUGGGCUUAAAAAAAGUUUCUGCCAAUAUCUGAUUCUGAAAAUCUUUUAAAUCUUAAUGGAUGUAUAAAAGACAGAUACCUAGAAUAUGCAAUUUUCAGCCAGGAAAACAAAACAUGCCUCUUGGGUCAUAACUGACCACGUACUGUUCUUCUAAUCAUUAUUUGUUUUGUUCUUGAUUUUUCACGUUUUGCCAUGCAGUUCUUUCCCAUCACAGGCUCAUAAGACUGGAUUUGUGUUUCAUAUUUUUUCUGGAUUCUGACCCAUUGCAGAACUUACUACUUUCUCUAUUUAUAAUGAGAUGAUAGUUAAACCCAUUGUGUAAAUAAAUAAUUAAUGCAUAUUAGUUGUGCACUAGUAUCAGUUUCAUGAUUUUGUAUGCGCAAUGCUCUGGUAAAAUCUGGCUUAAUGCACAUGUGUCAAGUACUGUCCCAGAUUAGCCUGUGCAGUCCAUGCAGGCAUAAAAGGGACAACACUUUCUGUUUUUAUAGAUUUUCUCCUUCAAAGGAAGUUUCUUAUAAACAAACUUAUCAGGUACGGAGAACGUGUUGUACCUGGCACGAUACUUGACGCACAUGCAUUAAAAUCGAUUCUCCCAGUGCAAAGCUCAUGAACCUGCUAAUACAUACAAGUAACCAAGUAACUGUAUAUACUGUUAAAUGCUUUUAGAAGUUUUAGCAGUUUUAUGUAUGGUUCAAAAUCAUGAGAAUUUCCAAAAAUCCUAAGCAUUUAAGGAGAGAUCUGCUCAGUUGGCAUACACAAGCAGCAUGUAAACAGCAUUAAUGGUGAUGUACACAACUUAUCUGGCAAUAUUUAAAAUAGAUGAUACUAGAAAACGCAAGAGGAAGUGAUUAAAACCAUGUGGUUAUGAGUAAAAAAAAUUGUAUUCGAACUUGUAUUUACAGUUACUUGUAUAAUAGAGUUCAAAUUGUGCAGAAUAUUCGGUGCACUGCUAUUAGAAUGUUCAUAUGAUAUAUAUAUUUUAUGCUACUGGUAUUCAUUUUGUUGUAUAAAAUGUAGUUCUCCUAAUUACGAUUUUUUAUUUGAACAUAGCUUGAAUUUAUUUCAAAAUUCAUUCAUUAAAUUUUGUUCAGUUUUAA